AUGGUGACCGACUCAGGAAACGACGACCCAGUGACCCCUAAGCCCGGAAAGUUAAUACACGAUGUGGUUCGAGACGAGCCGCUCUGGAUCAUCUUCCAACGAGACAUGACCAUUCAUCUCAAAUCAGAACUCAUCAUGAACUCUUUCAAGACCAUCGACGGUCGUGGCGCGUCCGUGGGAACGCUAAGGUGCGAAGCUCCCCACGACAUUAAGGGUGGAGAAGACGGUGAUGGUGUGUCGAUCUUCAGAGAGAAUCAUGUUUGGGUUGAUCACUGUUCGUUGUCUAACUGUGAAGACUGGCUUAGUGAUGCUAUAAUGGGCUCGACGGUGAUUACUCUGUCUAACAAUUACAUGACGCAUCAUGGUAAGGUCAUGGUGCUUGGUCAUAAUGAGACUUAG